ACGUAUGGAAAAGGCAAUUUUCGCAAUGCCGGAGCGACGAGAGCAACAAUUGGGCGAGGCAACAGUACCACCAUGGCUAACAUCACAGAACGAACCGUUACAGAAUUCGAACAAUAUGGAACUUAGUGCUUCUUCUCGGGCGAAAUCAGAUUGCAUUGGGGGGCUGCGCUGGGACAUUCGCCCUUUUCCACAAGGUAUACCCACCAGUAAAUUGUGGACUGAAUGGCACCGGUUUAAAUCGAAUUUUGAAAUUGCUACGGACUUGAACAAUGUCAGUGCCAGUAGCCGGGCAAAACUGUUAUAUCUUGUCAUGGCUUAAUCACCGCUGCCAAACUCUGUCCCAGUUUCGAUGAUCCACAAUGCUACCAAACUCUAACAUUAAAUAUUAGCACAUAUUUGCGAUUCUUGGUUGAUACUACAGCUGAACAUGAAGAGUUCACUCGUCUCAAACAGUAGUGUAACGAGUCUAUUAGGGCAUUCUACGCAAGAGUUGUAGAAAAGGCCGAUAUGUGCGGUUACGGCAAUGACGAAAACAGAUUUAUCCGCUCCCAAAUACUACAGGGUAUGAGUAACCGUGAUGUCGCUAAUGCAGCAAGAACGUACAACCACGAUACCCAAUCCGUCAUUCAAGCAGCCACACGAGCCGAAGCUUCCAAUAUCAACGCUGGUCCUUCUAAUACGGAAGCUAUAAUGGACGUUGCUUACAAGUCAAGUAACCAACAAUCAGGACCGAAAAGAUUUCCAUCUGAUAGAUGGACCUCACAAGAACGGGGCCACGUAGAUUUCCGGUCGAUCAAGCGCAGGAACCCACAAGAUAGAUUCGUCGGAAAACACAAAUGGUGCUUCCGAUGCGAUCGCCCAAAGCACAACGGAAAGCAGUGCCCAGCGCUGUUCAAAAACUGUAACACGUGCAACAAACGAGGCCAUUUUUCGGUCACAUGUCGCAAGAAACGAGUGAACAAUCUUGGUUUGUCGAAAGAUGUUGAUGCACCCGUCGAAGAUGAACAGUUGGUGAACUCGCUAUCAAUUUCUGAUGUUCUAGUGAACUGUUGCGUGGGUUCUUCAGAACCAAUAUCCUUCCUCAUAGAUUCAGGUGCUGAUGCAAAUGUGAUCGGGGGUGACGAUUGGGCACUUUUAGAGAAACAGAUUAGAAAUGACUCGGUACAUCUAGAGUUUACAGAUUGUAUGAUUCAUCCUGACCUCAGAGCAUAUGCUGCUGAUCAGCCGAUGUCAGUUACAAAGAUUUUUUGGGAAAAAGUAGAGGUCAAAGGGUUAAAUAAGCCAAUUAUUCAAGCUAAAUUUUUGGUCAUUCCGAAAGGACGCAGAUCAUUACUGGGUCGUGAAACUGCCAGUGAUUUGAAGUUGUUGCUAGUCGGACAAGCAGUUAACUGUUCUGAGUGGAGGUAUUGACAUUUUUCCAAAAGUCCCUGGUAUCAAAAUUAACUUUAGUAUCGACAGAUCUGUCCCACCAGUGCGCAAUGCAUACUUCAAUGUCCCAGCUGCGUUUAGGGAGGCAGCUAAAGUGAGGCUCGAAGAAAUGGAAGCUAGGGGUAUCAUAGAAAAAGUAACAACAGCUCCAUUGUGGAUUAGUUGUAUGUCGGCCAUUCCAAAAGGCAAGGACGACUUUAGGCUGGUGGUAAAUAUGCGGGCACCGAAUAAGGCCAUAAAAAGGGAAUAUUUCCGAUUACCACUACUGAAUGAAAUGAAGACGAAACUUCAUGGAGCCAGGUACUUCACUAAGCUGGAUCUAAUAAGCGCAUAUUGUCACUUGGAACUGAGUCAAGGAUCAAGAGAAUUAACCACCUUUCUUGCGGAAAACGGGAUGUAUCGUUUCACUAGGCUUAUGUUCGGGGUCAAUUGUGCCCCCGAAAUUUUUCAACGGGAAAUGACCCGCAUACUGGCAGGCAUUGACAAUGUUAUUAUCUACAUAGAUGAUAUACUGAUAUUCGCAAAAACUCUGGAAAAUUUACGUAAGACAGCUGCUCUUGUACUCAGAGCACUU